AUGACGACGGGAACACCGAUGGACGCGAACGAAGCGCUUAAAGACUUUCAUCGUGACUACCCUCACAUCAUCUUCAUCAGAUUACAAUGGCAGGACUACUCAGGAGUAAUGCGUGCACUUGUUUUACCAAUUGAGGAAAUCUACAUCAUACUGGCGGAGGAGACGCAGCCAUUCCAUGUGCCUCCCCUCCUGUCUAACUGCUCCGUCACAAACCAAUAUCUUCCUGAUGCAAGCGCCCGCCAUGUGCAAUGGCUGGUCCCAGACUGGUCUUCUAUGCGACUAGCGUCCGAGCCCAAAAGUGCAAUGGUGAUGUGCGGAGUAGUGGGGACUACAAUAUCUAAGCCGGUGCCAAACGGAGACCUGUGUCCCCGGCGUGCGCUGGUGGAUGUCGUGCGACAGGCGCGGGAGUUGUGGGGCUUGAGGUUCCUCGUCGGUUUCGAGGUUGAGUUCCAGGUGAUGAAGAUCUCGUCCGUGACAGGGGAGUAUGUCAAGCACAGUCAAGGCCCAGGGAACUUUUCUGUGUCUGGCCUGCGGGAUCCGUGCUACCGCGAUGUGCAGCAAUGCGUGCAACAACUAUUGACGCUAGGGGUGCAUAUCCAUGGAAUACAUUCGGAGGGCAAACGAGGGCAGUAUGAAAUCGCUCUGAAACCUCUACCACCGCUGCAGGCCGUGGAUCAACUACAUCUGGUGCACGAUUAUCUCAAAGAUACCUUUGCCCAGCACGGCUAUAUGGUCACCAUGGCACCGAAACCUGUAAUCUCGGAUCCACAUACCAUUGGACAACAUAUGCACCUCUCGUUGGAGUCUGUCAAUGACGACCAUGAAACGUCUUUCCUAGCCGGCAUUCUCAAGCGUUUACCGAUGAUUUGCGCCUUCAGUCUACCCCACACGCUUUCUUACGAACGACGACUCCCGUUCUUGGCUGGGGAGACGGUAUGCUGGGGAACUGAGGCGCGGAUAGCGCCUAUCCGGAAGAUCGAGGCCAGUCAUUGGGAGAUAAGAUGCAUCGACGCAACUGCCAAUAUGUACCUGACCCUAGCUGCAAUACUCGGCGCUGGAUUGCUCGGUUUGGAAGGCCAAGAGCCUCUCCUUUGGCCAGACUUGGGCGAUUUUACAAUGGAAUCCAAGACCUGGGAGGAACCGUUGCCUAGAACUCUGCAGGAAUCGGUGGCAUGGCUGGCUAGGAAGGCUGACGACUUCGGUACCAUAUUCGGUCUACCCUUGAUACAGCGUUACAUAGAGCUGAAGCAGUUCGAAAUAUCUCAAGUUGGAGGAAUGGAUCCAGUGAGGCUGAGAGAACUGUUCAUCGAGCUAUUCUAACUUUGCGCUGUAUGUGCGGAGCAAGCGAGCUUAGAUGAAGGUUCAGCUAACUAGAUCGGACUGCUCGGAAAAGACCAGCAGUGCUCGGUGAGAAUCUGAUACGUAUUUUUCAAACAUCUCCAUGUACCCAGUUUACCAUUCUUGUUCUUGUUCUCUUUAUUCGUGAACUAUCUUUGCUU